UUAUGUAAGAGUGAUGAUGCUUGUAACUUUUAUAAACCCAUCACUCCCAUUUUCAACCAUAAAUACACAUUCUAUCAAUCCAAGCCAAAUAAUUUAUCCGAGGCAAAGCAAUCAAAAGCAAAAGCAAAAGCAAAACACAAAAGCAUAUAACAUAAGGUAAAGCAAAAGAAAAGUGUCUCAGAAAGCUCAUCCUCCUCAGCUCCUCCACACCUCUCUGCUGUGAAAAGGCAUAAACACACAAUUCAGCUUCAAAUAAUGGAAGAAGAGGAAGAAGUGCCCUCACCAUUUUGGCUACAAAACACUCACUCUCACCGAGGCCGCCGCCGCCACUCAUCAUCUCUCUUCCUCAACCCUGGUCUUCUUCUUGUACUUUUGUUAGUCAUAGCCAUCUUAUUUAUCUUCAUAGUAAUUCCUUCAUUCCUAUCUUUCACAUCACAAAUAUUUAGACCACAUCUAGUGAAGAAAAGCUGGGACUCCCUCAAUCUAGUCCUUGUUCUCUUUGCCAUUGUUUGUGGAUUCCUCAGCAGAAACACCAACAACAAUGAAAACACAAGCUCUUAUGAAGAUGCAAGCAUUUCAAGCUCAUCACAAGAGUCUCACAAGUCAACCCCAUCAACCUCAAAUCAAUGGUACAACCAGUACUCAGAUCGUACAGCUGAUAGCUAUAGCACCAUCAACAGGUUAAGGAGCAGCAGUUCAUACCCGGAUCUUAGGCAAGAAUCUGCUUGGGUGAGCCAUGAUGAACGGUGGAGAUUCUAUGAUGACACCAAUGUUAGUGGUAAUUAUCGGUUUCAGAGCUCAGAUCAGCUGCAUCAUCGCCAUCCAACGCGAGAUCAGCCUCAAGAGGAGGAAGAAGAAGGUAACUUGGAGCCCAAGAAUAUACCUAGAGAUACUUUUGUGGUUCCUGCAGUAGAAGAAGAUGAUCCUUUUGUGGUUCCUGUAGUAGAAGAAGAUGCCUUGGAACCCAAGAAUAUACACGUAGACACUUUUGUGGCUUCUACAGAAGAAGUUCCAUCUUACAAGUCUCCAUCACCACCAUUGCCUUCAUCGCCACUACCUCAGCCAUCUACACCACCAUCACCAUUGUCACCAUUUACACCGCCUAAGGUGGUUAAGCACAGAAAAAAGAGAACAUAUCAAACUCUUGGACAAAAAGAAAAGAUUGGAACCCCAGAAAAAAUUGAUUCACAAGUCAAGAAUCUCCAAACCCCACCUUCUCCGCCGCCUCUGCCACGGUCACCACCGUCGCCACCACCAGUGUUUCAGCAAGUGGAGCAAAGGAGUGGUGACAAGAAUGAGAAGAAGAGAGGAGGAUCAGCCACUAAAGACUUCUUGAGCUCAUUAAGGAGGAAGAAGAAGAAGCAAAGACAAAAGAGUGUUGAAAAUUUUGACACCUUUCUAAAUUCUCAACCUUCUUCUUCUACUUCUCAUCCUUUAUAUCCACCAACAUCGCCACCACCUCCACCACCUCCACUGCCGCCUCCACCAUCAGUUUUUCACAAUUUAUUCUCUUCUAAAAAGGGUAAGGCCAAAAAAGUUCAUUCAGUUCCACCACCACCACCAACACCACCACAACCACAACCACAAGCUAAGGUUUGGAAACCUCCAUUGCCGGUUAAAACAAGGAUUUUCAAUAGUGGGGACGACAAUGUGAGCUCAGGUAACGAGUCACCACUUAAUCCAAUACCACCACCGCCACCACCACCGCCGCCUUUCAAAAUGCGGCCUUGGAAAUUUGAGGUGCAGGGUGACUAUGUUAGGAUAAAAAGCAAUAAUAGUUCGCGUAGUGGAUCACCAGAUCCAAUGGAUGGUGGAGAAUCACCUACAAAGACUAUGUUCUGUCCCAGUCCUGAUGUUGACACUAAGGCUGAUAGCUUCAUUGCAAAGUUUAGAGCUGAUCUGUUGUUGCAGAAGAUGAAUUCUUUCAAGGAGAAGCAAGGGAGAGGGAGGUCCAAUCUAGGCCCAGAACGAAGCCCAAAGUGAGAGGAAGAGCAGACCCAAUA